UCCUACUCGAACGCCAUUGCUUCCCCUCUUGAAGUGCACGUAGUUCACGCAGUCACUCAGUCGAUCUGCCUCGGCCCGCAAAAGUUACGUCACGCAUUUUAGAUACCACUGACUGACCGAUCAUUCUAAAGCGAAAUCAGGAGCUACAUAUAUGUAAUCAGAGAUGGCGGACAGAAAGCAGAUUGUUUUACCCACAAUUAGCUCGCUUACGUACGUCCCAACGGGGCUGAAGUAUCUGACGUUGCCGGAGGGUAUCCUGGAGCUUAUCGAAGUGGUUUGCCUCGUGGUCGCUUUCGUCUGUGUUACGGCCGCUCCCAACAAGGCCGUGGAUGAGUCUUCCUACUGGCACUACCAGGCCGCCACUAUGGGCUUCUGUCUGGUGACCUGUCUCAUCAUGGCCGGCUACAUGACUGGACUCAUCCACAAGAUCAAAAUUCCCUGGAGUGUCCUCGAGAUUGUGUACUGUGCCGUAGCUGGUCUUCUUCUCCUCACCACCGGUGCCCACAUCGCUGCCAAUGUACAUGGCAAUGCUGUGCUCAUAGUUGCCACGGUGUUUGGCUUCAUUGCUGCCGCGGCAUAUGUGGUGCAGAUCUUCUUUGCCAUUCGUGCCUGGAAGAGGAGUAUCAUCGCUGCCACGUUGAAGAUGGUGGAGGCUGAGCGAGCACAGCAUGCGGGGACCUCGGACAACAGCGUGUAGUGGACGCAGCGUGCGUGUCGCAGACGCAUGCGUUGGCCAGCAUCCAUCGUCCACAUGUUUGUUUCACCGACCGUUUUUUUAGCAUACAUAGAUAUUACCUAUUUUGGGAAAGUUUGCAAGAUUGAGGAAAAGUGUGAUUUGUAACAACAGGUUAUUAAUUCCUCAGAGCACACACUGUUGCUUGUUCAUGUACAUGCAUGACUCUGACUCUGGGUGCAUGUACAUGUCAUGUGUAUGUACAUGCACAGUACCGGUAUUGUGUCACAUACAUAUGCACAGGUAGCUUAAUAAUGCCAGGCUAUGUACAUGUACAAUUUUAAUUGAAAGUUCAUGCUCAUUUUUCUCUGCAGUGUACGUGCACUAAGCCUGUUCGAUAUGACAAUAUUUUUCACGAUAUUUCGACAUGAUGUUGGUAGCAGAAAUCAUAUCGUUCGUAAAAACACACAUCAGCAUAUCUUGUAAAUCAAUACGCCAAAAAAUUAUCGUGAUAAACUCCAAAUGAUAAACUGUACCUGCUCAUAGGGAAGUCAAUGCACCGUGUGUUGAGCCCUGCAUUAAUGCUUUGGGGCCACAUGAAUACUCCAUUAAAAACCACAAAGUCCCUGUUGGCACCAAGUAGCUGCAAGGGUCUUACAACUGUUAAGGGGCAGAACCAAACCAACAGACUGUGCAUUUUUUAAUGCCGACUUUUAUUCAUGAAGGAUUUUUUUUGGUCUUGUAGAAAAGGGACCGAGUGAAACCCGCCGACUUAUGAGAAAUGAAUGAUGACUUAGAAAUGCCAACUUAGAAAUGAGGUGAGGGCAUCAAUACCAGUAGCCCGUCUAGUAACACGCAUGCGCUCUGUUCAUUUUGGGGGUUGCCUUUUUGAGCAAACUUUACCACUAAUGUGUGCGUGGAAAUUGCUUUUUCUGUACGGUGCCAUGAUAUGACAUGAUAUAAUUUAAUAUCCACAAUAUCCAUGUUGAAAUUGCUUUCCCCAGCAUUAGAGUUCUAAAUGUAGAGAUAAUACAUACAUGUACAUGUAUACAUUGGUUUUUUACUUGGCUCUCGAGACAUAGUGGUGAUUUCG